UACCAGUCAAUGGUUGCAUUCUAAGAAAACGCUCGAAGAAAUGUAACCAAUAAAAAAAUGUCCAAAUAUAUUUUCAGUUUUAGUUCAGACUGAGAAAAUAACCAUUCAAAAUCUGUAUAAUUAUCAUUAUAAAUCUGUAUAAAAGUGUGUAAAUCUGAUUACUAUUUUUUUCUGUGAGGAAAAAGAAAAUGGUUUCCGAAAAGACGUCUCAUUAGCGCACAGUAUCAGACGCCUAAUUCCUGAUCUGGAGCUGCAAAAUCAAAUUUAUCUCCGGAAAUCUUAAACAUUCAUCGGAUCGAAGUUAGAGAAAUAAUUUUAGUAACAGUUCUUCUGACUUUUUCUUUGAAAUUGUUUUUUUGCUAUUGCAGACCUCUGGUUGAUAUUUACAGACAUGCACACUUAAUUAUGUAUGACAAACAUUUCCUUUCCUCUUUUUUAAAAGAAACCCAGCUGGAUUUGAGUUUUUCUUUUUGCCAUAAAGCAUAAGAAAAGUAUUAAUUAAACAAAAAUAUGUCGGGAUAUGCAUCUCCUAAGCUGAACUACCGCGGGUCAUCAUCCCAACAGCUCCUUCCAUGCGUGUCAACCACGGGUGCAAUUACGGCGAGACUACACUUUCCCCUGCUUUUAAUAGGACACCUAAAUCUCUCGUUUGCCUAUGUAAUUCCAUUUUUCGAUUAAUACCCUUGGCUUAUGUAAGAUGUGAAGUCAGCUUCACAACUAAACCCACGAGAGCGUUAGACAUAAAGUAUUGGAAGUCACGUGAUCGACGUUUUGAGUCAGCCUGGAAAACCAGUUAAGUCAUGUAGCUAGGCAUGAAUUUGUUCUUCAAGUAUGGAUCAUAAUAAUAGUAAUAAAACUCUUACCUUACCUAGCAGUUGAGCAGUAUCUUAUGAAGAGUCAACAAAGCACGUAAUGUUUGGGGAAGGAAAUUUUCAUCUGACGUGUCACUUGUGAAUCACAGAUAUCUUUCUCCUUACACGAGCAGGUUGUCGACAAAAAAAUGUCAUGUAUAUUGGGUUGAGAGACAAAUUUUGACCAAUGAUAGAUCGACAAGUCCUCAGAGCUCAUAAGAUUUGUUUGUUUGUCUGUUUAAGAUUUAAACGAGCUAAAACUUGAAAGCGCAAGUUUCUUUACAGCUGUGAAGGGUUUGUGCUAUAUAUAAAGAGUUAAAAGUUUUGUCUUUGUGGAAGAGCUUUAAACGAGAGGAAACUUGAAAGCGCAAGUUUGUUUACAACUGUUAAGGGCUUGUGAGAUAUAAAGAGAGAUCAGCACUGGCGGUUGUGCCUUAGUUGGAGAAUGUUCGGAGACAGAUUUCUGUUUCUUGUCUUUACUGGCCUUGUCUUGUUCCUGUUGGAUUUCGUGUCAAGUCAGAGAAAGCGGAGUGCACGGAGUCGCUUUAUAGAUCACGAAUGCGACCAGACUUUAGACUUUGAGAACAGGAAUCAAAGAAAAUGCUUUAAAGCUCACGGCGGUUCCAAAAGGUUGGUGUCCGAUAACACGGCCAAAGGCGGGAAUUACUCUCUUAAAUGGGAGUACAAUUCUUCGGGGACACCAGCAACACUAAAUUACAGCCGACCAUCAGCCUUUGCUAUUGCGGGUGAUAGUCUUCGCUCUGGAGGUAUUAAAAUCUGGCUUUACAAGGAAACGCGGUCUAAUGGGAAGAAGAUGGAAAUUAACCUGAUUGGUGGAAAUAGGAGGGCUCCAGUACUACUGGGAUCUUUUGAAGUGAGCUUGGAAUUUACAGGUUGGAGGGGAAUAUGGGUGGCAUACAAAGAGUGCGUGGAGUCUAUGAGCGGCAAUCAGGGCUUAACUGGAGUCAGUUUUGUGUUACGCCAUGCGGAUACCAUCUACAUCGAUUUGUUAAAUUUUGUGGAUCGUAUGUCCUUUCAAUCUCGAGAUAAAAUAGUUCCACCCUUGAGAAAAACAUUGUACACGAAAAAGCACUCUUUUCAACAAUCAUAUCGAUGGAGUAAAUUUAUGCAGAAUACAAUUACUGAUCUUCGCCACAUUGUUAUCAGUCCAUUAAAAAACUUAAGUCUGAAUCACAUCAAGAGUCGCCUGAGAAACUUUUAUUUUAAUGAAACUAGAACCAGUUAUGACGAUGACAGUGAUUAUUUGAUGGAACGAUGGAAGUCAAUUAAUAUCAAUAUAGACAAGGCCAAUAAAGAAUACGACAGGCUUGGUCUUAAGUUUACGACGGUGCAAGGGAGUAAGACAGUGGUACGCGGUCCUCCUUUGUUUUGCCGUAGGAGUGUAAUGGGAACAAGAACUUAUUCCACGACAGAUCCAAAAAGGAAGUUUAGCUUUGUUAUGGAUAAAAUUAUGUUUCCUUUGGCACUCGAAUUUUACCUCAAGUCCCGUCAAAAUGAGCUUUUUGAGACAGUGAAGAGAGAAACUCCUCGCUUGAACUCGGCUAAUUUAAGUCAAGCACUCCAAAAAAUUUGUGGAAAUCGCCGAAACAGACAAAAAGAGUUUGAAGAUUACCUUAACGGAAUAGCUGGGAACCCGCCAUACAGAGAGCUACACGUACGUCGUUCGUUAGAUUAUAUAAACAAAGUUCGUCUUCAAAGGAUCAUAAAUCUCCUGGAUUAUGUGGAAGACCAAGGUUGGGCAGAUGGAAGUGCCCUCGGUUCCUUGGAUCACGAGAUGAAUCGAGAUGGUGGUGGAUUUAUGCAGACCCUUUUUUUCCUAAACGAAUCUUUGUAUGCGAAUCCUGCAAACAAGACCAGACUGUUAAAGUUAAUAAACACAGCAAAAUGGUACAAUGACUUUGGCGAAGUGUAUCAAACGCCUCGCUUUGAGUACAACGGAACAACAGCAGACAAAAUGAUUACUAUGAUGCUAUUUCGCCUGAUGAUAGUGUUGAUUAUGCCCACUGGUACGGAAGACGAGAUCAAGGCAAGACAAAGGGAUAUGGAUGCCUUGAAGAAAUGGAUGGAUAGCGCUUUGACAAUCAACAAAGCAUUCGGAGGAGUAAUCAAACCUGACUAUACCGGUUUUCAUCACAUGGCAUUCUACGGAUCUGCAUACAUACCCCAGGCGUUACAUACGGCAGCUCUUGUACAGUUCCUACUGGAAGGAACUGAAUUUGAGUUAUCCUUCACAGCAAAACGAAAUUUGCAAGAGGGGCUUAAAACCCUGCGGGUGAUAGCCGUGAAAUAUUCUACGCCAAGUAGUGUUGGAGGUCGUUUUCCCGACUUCUCUAAGGCAGUUCUGGCCCAAAUACUUCCUGCAUAUGCUUACAUUAGCAUUUCUUAUCCUGGGACGCUGAGCAAACCGCCGACGCCUGGAAUUACCGUUUCUGACCUGACUGGGGAUGCGAAAAUAUUUCUACGCUUAUAUCAGACUUCGGACGACACAGUAAAGAAGUACCUAACUGACGGAAAAAUCCACACAGGAAAGACGUACAUGAACACCUUGGGAUCUGUGGACAUAAUGAAGUCCGUUUAUGACAGGGCUCUUUCAAAGAAUUUUUUUGCUGAACCAUCUCCGGAAGGCCAUUGGUCGAAGAAUUUUGCAGCCCUCUCUAUUCAUCGUCGCAAAGAUUGGGCCGUGACAGUGAAGGGCUUUAACAGGUUUGUCUGGGACUUUGAAGGUACGCAAAAGGAAAAUGCCCAUGGUAUCUUUCAAAGUCAUGGCGCAAUGCUAAUAGCGAACAGUGAGGAGUCACUAAAGGCACAUAACGUAAGUGAGGGAUGGGACUGGACAAAAAUUCCUGGCGCCACUACAAUGAACCUCACCCUCCAGGAAACACUGCUGAAUGAAGCAAGACAUUUUAGUCCACAGUCUCAUGCUGGAGGAGUUACCUUCAAAGGACCAGAGCCUUUUUCGGACGGAGCGUUUGGUAUGGACCUCCAUCAACCGGAUUACCAAUUCUUAAACAGAAAUCCCCAUCCCAAUAUUAAACUUUCUUUUAAGAAGUCUGUUUUCUUUUAUCAAAACUUGUUAGUCUGCCUAGGCAGCAACAUCACCGUACAGAACGGUGGCGACAGGGUGGCACAAACAACACUUUUUCAGGACAGGUUGCAGAAUGCAAGUUCAGCUCCAGCCCAGGUUGAGAGAAAGGAUAAAACUGGGAAGAUUGAUUACAUUUCUAUUGUUGAUACUAAAGGGAACAGCUACUUCAUUCCACGGUCGAGUGUUUCAAGUCUGAAAUUUCUAUCUUCAAACCAAACAUCGCAAACUCCGUCAACUAAACCGUCAGUUGGUUAUUACGCUACUGCCUGGCUUGAGCACAGGUCCCCGAACGGCUACUACGAGUACGCAGUUUAUGUUAAUACACCAUCUUAUCCACAACCUGCAGACGUCUUCUGGGAAUAUCACAAUAGAUACCCUUAUGAAAAGCCAUACAAAGUUCUAAAGCAGGAUCACGAAGCUCACGUGGUGAAAUUUGAGGUGACACCAGCACGCUGGACAUGGCUAGAGCCCUUCUAUAGUUACGUCAUAUUUAUGUCCAAACCAACUCUUCCCGUUGGUCCAAUCACAGAAGUCACCAAUCAAUCUCGCAUUAUGAUAGACGAGGAUGACAUGUACGUCUAUUUAAGCAUCAGCUAUCCUGACUUGAAUUUCCCAGUUUCAAACGAAUUGAAAGCCUUAAGAGAUAUAGGAGAUACCGAGAUGUUCUACAUGGAAAGCAAGGAGGUCGAAGUGAACGUGACACUAACAACAAACGUGAACAAGGUCGUUCAGACAGUGGUACAUGGAUUGCCAGAUGGUCAUGGCUACGUCCCAGAAGUUCGAGUGGAACCUUUAUCUUCUCAUGGCUCACCCAAGCGAAACAAAAUUGUCUUCGCCAACCUUAAGAAUGGAUUCAGCGUUGAAAUCAAGUUAAGUAAAUAAGGUCGAGUUGUACUAAAUGCACUUGAAGAAACACGAAAAUGACUUUCUCUGAGAAGUUAUUGAUUUGCAUAUGGACACUGUAGGGCAUCGUAAGAGAAGAUGUAUGGCACAGCCGUUAAACAUAAAUUAAUUUGAAUUAUGCAUAAAUAUGUAAUGGGCCCCAUCCUUAAACUGCUGAUUGCAACAAUGACAAACAAGAAAGGCUAUUAAAGGCUAUUGACGUUAAAUUGCUGUUUUUUCUUUUCAUUUAAUUUGAUUAAUACAAUAUGAGAAUGAGCGAAGGUACUUAGUCACGAGCAGUCACGAUUGGUCCAAGCAGGCUCUCGAUUCGUACUGGCGUCCAUGCACCACAUGAACACGAAACGUUUUGGUUGAGGAAAUCUCCUGGGCUAGAUUUUGGGAGUCCGGUGGACGUCCUUACACCACGGGGUCACAAAACGGCUAAAAAUUCCCUGGAUAGGCCUCAGUCUCUAAACUCAAUAAAUUCUGAAAGAUCCCAGGCGUCCCUCCUUGUUUUGCGCCUGGUGCACGUGGGGUUAGGGGUCUGUUGCACUCGAAAAGGCGGACUCUCCUCGCUUCCAGACCUAACCAUCAGGCGUCAACGAUGAAAUGCCACAUCGCCUAGUGACAAGCCAGGAAAGAUCCCAUUACAUAAAACACAAAAUUGUACACGCAGGCGGCGACUACAAGUAAAUUGAUUGACCGCUUUAUCGGAUAGCUGAGUUGGUAGAGCACUGCACCGGUAUCGCAGAGGUCAUGGGUUCUGUAAUGUUAGGUAGAUAGGCGAGUACGAGACAGAACUAAACGCAACAACAACACAUUUAAUCGAGCAACAUGGCUGCAAGCCAUGGCAUGUCGCAAGGACCUCUGGGAAAC